AUGAAGCACAUUAACAGCGCACCAGAGACCAUGCUUCACGAAGACCGCUUAACGGAACCACCCAAACACCGUCCCACCACCAUAACUUUGGCCCUGAAGCUCCACAAGGCUGUGCAUUCCAACGAUGUUGGCAUGGUCAGUGAGUUACUCGAGACGCCAGAUGUCGAUCUCACCUUCGUGAACCUGGUGGACUCGACUGCAAAGUCGGCUCUCCACUAUGCCGUCCAGAGCAAAAGUCACAGGAUUGUUCAAUUGUUGUUGGAAUAUGGCGCAAUGGCAAAGUCGGAGGAUUACGAGGGACACAGAAUGCCCAUCAAUCAUCAUGCCAACCUCAAGGAUGACGAAGGAAAGACUGCACUACAUUGCGCUGCGCAAGCGGGUAAACUCGAAAAUGUGAAGGCCCUCGUUGAAGGUGGAGCGCAUGUAUGGGCGAUAGACAAACAGGGACGAACCCCGCAAGAGUUGGCUGCUAUUGGAGUUUCUCUAGCACACCGGGAAGUGGUGCAUUGGUUGGAUUCACAAGCGUCAUCGGAGUGGGAAGAGGACGAAGAGGAAGAAGAGGACGAGGAGGAAGAAGAGGGCGAGGAGGAAAAAGAGGACGAGGACGAAGAGGAGGAGGAAGAGGAAGCGGAAGAUAGAUAG